AUGCUCGGCGUUCAGGCGCUCGCUGCCGCGCUCGGAGCGCUGGGGAAGCUGUCCCCGACAAUCGAGGACGCCAUCGAGGAGGUUCCCGUCGAUCCGGAGUCAACAUACGACCCGCCAGAGAUCAAGCCCGUACCGAAGGUGACUGGUGACCUGCCGACGGUCGCGCGCGAGAUCGACGACUAUCUCUCAUCGUACGGCGUACGGGACGUUGCGCUCACGCUCGGCCCGCUGCGACACGCACUGCAACGAGGACAGCCGCUCCCGCUCGUGCCCGUGCUGCAGGCGAUGGGUGCCUGGGUCUUUGGCACGCUCGUGCCGCAGUCGCUCGUACUAGAGCAGUGGCUUGAGGGCGAGGAAGCAGCCGACGCCGUCAGUAACGUGCUCGACCGAGUGUCUGAAGAGUUCGAGGUGGUCGCGAACAGCGCGAUUGGCGAGAUCGCUCGCGCUGGCGCUGCGGCUGAUCUCAUCACGGCGAAGAACAUCCCCCUGCCGCCGAGCCCGCCAAAGGAGGUCAAGAAGGGUACGAAGCGGAGAGCAGACGACGCCGCCGAACUCAAGGCGGCGAAGAACGCGCGCCUUCUCCGCGCUCUCGCGGCGGCCAGCGCGACUCUGAAUCAGUAG